CGACAACAGCAUUGACACAACUACGCACAUCAUCAUGCAUCCUCACUUGCAUCGCGAAGAUCAGAAUGGCUGUGAGGAGCUCAUGACGGCCCUCGAAGAAUGCCAUGCCCGAGGAUUCCUCUGGAAGUCGAUGGGCAUGUGCACGAAUGCGAAAACCGAGGUGAACAAGUGUCUACGAGCUGCGCGACUCGAUCGAACGGCGCAUAACCGCGAAGUGGCCAAGAAGAAGCGACAGCAUAUGGAGAAGAUUUGGGCGGAGAUUGACGCGAAUUCUUGAAGGAAAGGGAAGGAAAGAGGCAUGAUACGGGGAAAGACUUUUGAUUAAACUCCACUCAAAGUAAGAUGGUAUAAGACGAGCCAGGAAGCUCGGCAUCAGUGAUUGAGAAGUGCAUGCGAGCGGCAGGAGCAGGGGAGGGGGAGGAUACUGUAUGUUGGGAGGACAUGGUGAGGGUGCUACGCGCGACAAAACAGUCGUAGCUCGGUCGAGCAGAAGAAACGUCAAAUGGGACAGGCAGGACAUGUCAGCUGAAACAGGCGUGAGAUGCAGCUCGAGGAGAGCGAGGGCAAGGCAGGGCAGGUUGCAAGUAACGCAUCCCUCCGAGAAGUGAGCGCUCUGGAAUUCUACUCAUGGCGGACACAGCGAUGUCAGUUGAAAGAUGAAUGAGAUGCGUUUGCGUUAGCAAAAUCGACUUGUUGCGCGGCUUCGUGCAUAAAAUAUGCACGUCUACCUCAAUGCUCCGCUCUCGUUUGCUUCAAACAACACUCCUCUCCCACCUGGUUUCUCCGUCUCA